CGCGAUCUCGGCCGGCCGUUCCGUCCAGGGCGCGAGGCCCUCGCGCGAACCCACGUUUUAUCCAUGGGUCGCGAAAAGCCCCGCUCGGCCCGAUCUCUCGCUAGCCCUCCACCAAUCGCCACGCCCCCAAUCGCUCCUCCCCAAUCCCCACUCCUCUGCCCGUCGCCUCCCCUUCCUCUCCCCUCGCGCCCCCCAUCCCGCCGCCACCUCCAUCUCCUGCGCCUCUCUCCCGAUCACCUCCUGCGCGGGCGACGGGCGGCGCGGCCGACAUCGGCGCCAGCGACGAGGGCAGCGGGCGACCUCCGCAGGAGCUGGCAUGGCGGGGCGGCUUGGGGAGGAGGAGGAGGUGGAGCUCCGGCGGCCGAGCCGGCUGCAGUCGCGCCCCCAGCACCCUGCUCGAGCUCCGCCCUCAGACGGCCAUGGCGGACAGCGACGGCGAUGGUGCAGCCCACGAAGGAGCCAAAUGGAUUGGAGGAUUUUCUCCUGCCCCUCCCCUCGCGUGCCCCCUCCUCUUCCCCUGCUUGGGCUGCAGCCACCACUCCCUCUUGGCCGAUCUCCCGUCUUCGCCAUGGCCGGGCGGUAGCAGCGCCGGCCUUGGGGACGAGCACCGCGUGCAGGACGAGCUGGGCGCCGGCCUUGGGCACGAGCGGGACAGAAGAUACGUGGAGGCGGUCGCCCGACCCACUGAUGGCGAGGAAGAGCAAGGGGCGGGCCGGCACCCCCACAGAGUUGCUGGGGACUGCUGGGAGGAGGAGCACACGAUCUUCUGGCCUACUUUGUCACCGAGGAUGCAGACCAGCAGCCCAGGAACCUGCCCUCCUCCGCCUCUUCUUCAAACGAGACCAGCAAAUCUGUUUUCAUAUGCUCACAAGGUGCUUGAUGACAACUCUAGCUAAUAUUAUUAUUGACAGGAAGUGGCAGCGCGUGGUGGUGGUCCUCGGCAACGACGAGAGGGAGACCGGAUGGAUGCUUCAAGAUUCAAUGUGGUAUGAGAACCAGGAUGCAAAUGCUACAUCGCAACCUGUGUACCAAGCUUGAAGAAAUUUAGAAACUGAGGGAGCAUAAAAUCCAAGAGCUUUUACAUCAGAAUGUUGCUGUUGAGUUGGCAUGAUAUUCAGGCCAUAGUCAAUGUAUUUGCUGGUGUGUUUGAGGUGGAUGUAUCAAACUGGCCACCAUUUAUGCCAAAUGGUUUCGAAGGUGUUGAAACCGGAUCCACAGUAGUCUUAUUUGCCUAUGUUGGAUUUGAUGCAGUUGCUAAUUUUGCAGAGGAAGCUAAAUGACCACCGGAGGAUCUCAUGGCGUGACCGAAGAAGAUGGGGAUCCUAAAUUGCCGGAGAUGAUGUCUCAAGGAAUGAGAAUUGUUUUGGGUUAUCAGACUAGUGGGUGGAUGGUGAGGAGAACGGUAGAGGUCAUGAACAUUGUUGUCUGAGCACAUCUCAAGGGACUGAAGUUUCUCUACCCCAAUGACGUUGAGUGUGCAGAAGGUGUAAAGUUUUUUUUUGCAUGAGGUAGUGAUUCAAACUUAAUCGGGCCAACUCCACGUGUCUACAAAUUAUUUUGUUAGGUGCAGGUGUAUUUUAAAGGGCAAAAAGAGAUGAAGCUGGCCCCGGUUCGUCAUGGAGGAUUUCCCUCCUCUGCCAUUUGACUUCCCGGUGGGCGGCGCCAUUUUGGUCAUCCUUCUAUCCAGAAAGCAGCCACAAAUCUAGGUUUCUCUCUCUGCUACUGCUUGAAAACGGCCUCUCUCUACUACUGCUUGGAAAGGGAGUUCUCCACUUAACUGGAGCGUUGAGACUUUCUGGAGUAGUAAAGAGGAGGCAGGGGCAAGAGGAGAAGAGGAAAUCCACUGAUGCUUCUUCACACUACCCCUAUAAUGUAGACGAAUAGAACAACUGGUCAGCUGAGUACUUGUACAUCUACCAUUCACCUAUUUGAAUUUUCUAAGUCAGUGCAAAGUUUUAAUUAGCUUUCAAGUAAAGCCAUGGUGGAAAGCGGAAACUCACAUGAUUUGUUUGCAGGGUCUUGCGGAAAUGGGAUGAAGAUUUAUGUAUACUAUGUGAAACACUGUGCUUUUCUGUGAAAAAAUAAGCUAAUAGGAUAAAGUGUAGGCUAUUGAAGGAACAAAUGCUCAAAAUAGUCUUUUUUUGGCAACUGAAAGAUCAGGCAAGAUGUCAGAGCACUUUAUUGGACAUGCAAGCAAGAUUGCUUCUGGAUAUGCUAGGCAAGGGAAUAGAGUCUGCCCUGAUAAAUCCAUCAACUCUGCUACCUACGAUUGCUUGAUGAGGAAUACAUAUGAAAAAUGGAUUUAUUUAUUUGCUCAGAGUUCGUUCGUACAUGCACAUUUGUUAUAUUUGGUACUUUCCAAAGGAAAAUAAGAAAGGGCAACCUAUCCAUGUUAUCUGGAAUAAGUACUUUACUUAUACUACUUCCAUGUUUUUACAAUUUUACUUCAGCAUGAACCAUGAAGUCAUAUAUCAAGAAAUUACGGCUAAUCAACAAAGUAAUGUAUCUGAAUAUUAUCAGUUUAUCGUGCUUUGGAUCGUUGCUGCUUCCGGGUAAUUGUAUCAUAUAGUCGAUGGUGGUGAUUGUAUGAUUACAGGAUGUUAUCAAGAAGUAUUAUGCAUCGAUUGUCAAGACCAAAAAUGAGAGCACAUAGCCUGCCUGUUGAUGCAACUGUCGAAAUUGUUGAGCUGAGUUCAGGAAGUAUGGUGCUAUCAAGCCUGGCGAGUAGUACACCGUCAGGACUGCACAACUAGCUGCCAGAAGAUAACGAGCUGCCUCACGGUAUAAGUAGGCAGCCGACAUCUUUGACGACUACUGCGAUAUGCAUGACUCUGACGGCCGUCUACGUGAGACUACUACUCUGCUAAAAGGAAUGGUGUUAACUCUUGAUGCUGCAAGCACUAAAGACCAUUGCUGCGAGAAUGCAUUUUCUAUGUAGGCGAUGAUUUUAGUGUUUCUUCCUUGCUUUUGUUCCUCUCUGUAGAAUCAACAACUUUUACAUGCUAUAAGAUAUUUUUCCCAUGUUUCUUGGUUGUAUAUAAAUGUUUGUUGAUUUGUUUGUAAUUUAGUAUGAUUCGCUAAAUUGUAAACUCUAAAAAUAUUUAUUAUUAUGUCAAGACCUAUGUGUACAUGUUUCUGUAGGAGAAACAUAAUAAACCCUGCUCCUUCUGAAGUUAAUUGAACAUUGCUUCCCAGUAAA